AUGGCAGUGGGUAACGUAGGGAGUUAUCUACAGAAGGCGGCCAACAUCCGGGCAACGACUAGUGCAUUGCACGCGAACAGUGAUAGCCAGAGCUUGGAAGAAAGAAAUGAGAGACAAAUACUGAAUCAUCCUGGUGAAGUCACUCAGGAUGCCCAGAUUGGGGUUCAAAAGGCCGAGGCUACAGCCCUGGUUUGGUCCAGAACUGCCUUGUACGCAACAUAUGCGUGGAUGUGGUUAUGUUUUUUCGUUCUGUCAAUGCAAUCGUCAAUUAGCAGCAACGUUAUGUACUAUGCCUACGCAAACUUCGCUUCAGCCCCUCAAAUUUCCCAGGCCUUCAUUAUAUCGACCAUCGUUGGUGGAGUUCUUCAGCUUCCCAUUGCAAAGACUUUAAACUUAUGGGGCCGUGCUGAGGGUUUAUUGACAUUUCUGGUUGUCUUUAUCCUUGGUCUCAUUGUGAUCGCCUCUUGCAAUGGCCCAAAUGGCUUUGCAGCGGGCUACACCUUAUAUUGGAUCGGUUAUACCGCCAUGAACUUCAUUUUGAGUGUCUUUGUCGCUGACGCGUCUGGACUACGGAAUCGAGCCUUCGUUUACGCGUUCAUUGGGACGCCCUCGAUCUGUACCGCCUUUACUGGCCCACUCGCUGCCCAAGCGUUCAUCAAUCAUUCCAACUGGCGUUGGGCUUAUGGCUGCUUCGCUAUCAUCACCACUAUCUUCUUCGUGCCCCUUGCUCUUGUCUUUAAAUUUUACCAACAUAAAGCUGAGAAGCUGAAUCUUUUCAUUCGAGUACCAAGCGGUCGAACCACUACACAGUCUUUCGCUCAUUACUUUCACGAAUUCGACAUCAUUGGCGCUUUCAUUUUGAUGGGGGCCUUCAUUCUCUUUCUUUUACCAUUUAGCCUUAACACUUAUGGCUUCAUUGGAUACUCCUCCGCAACUUUUAUCGCCAUGGUCGUCAUUGGGACCCUAUUAUUCCCGGUCUUUGCUAUUUGGGAGCGAUUCUUUGCUACGACCGCCUUCAUCAAAUGGGAGCUCUUCAAAAAGCGCACGGUGGUAGGAGCCUGCAUUUUAUCCGCUGUAAUCUUUUUGAAUUACUACACAUGGGACCAGUACUUUUAUUAUUAUAUACAGGUCGUCUAUAAUCUCGACACCGCGAAGACUGGAUACAUGACACAAAUAUAUGGUGUUGGAUCGACCAUCUGGGCUGUUCUUUUUGGAGUUGUAAUCCGCCAGACUAAACACUUCAAGAACUUGUGUCUUUUCUUCGGUGUGCCACUAUUUAUACUUGGCGCCGCACUUAUGAUUCACUUCCGAGGAUCCCAAAGCAACAUCGGAUACCUGGUCAUGUGUCAAAUUUUCAUCGCCUUUGGAGGUGGUACCCUAGUCAUCGGGGAUGAGAUGGCUGUGAUGGCAGCAGCAGACCGAGAUGGUGUCCCAUUGAUGAUCGCCAUUAUCAGUCUGGCCUCUAGUUUUGGAGGAGCAAUCGGCUACGCCAUUGCAGUCGCCAUUUAUUCCAACACUUUCCCGCAGGCUUUGCUGAGUGCGCUUCCUGAGUCUACCAAGGCUGAUUAUGAAACAAUCUACCUUGGAGGCUCCGCAACUCAGCUUUUUUAUCCUCCUGGCAGCGAAACAAGGAUCGCAAUCAACUAUGCGUGGGCAUACAGUCAAAAGUACUUGUGUAUCACAGCAGCAGCUAUGGCAGUCCUCGCUUUCCCAGCGGUCGCCAUAUGGAAAAACUACGAUGUUGAUAAAAAACAAGUGAAGGGUACCGUUAUCUAG